CAAGUACUUGACACGGGGAGAGGGAAAGACCAGACACACAGCGGACUGGAGUAGCGAUCACAGCGGACGUUCACUGACGGAGUCUCCUCCUGAACCGAAGUAGGAGAACACACACAACUGAAGACAAGGAGGAGUCCCGGUGCCCAGACCUCUCCCCCCCGGGCAGUGCUGGGACCACUGGAUCAUCACACAGGCGAGACAAGGACAGACAGAGAAGGAGAAUGGAAAAUGCCAGCUCCAGCCAACAGGCAGCUCUGUCUGAGACCCCCUCAUACUUCACACAGGAAGAGCUCAACAAAGUGAAUUCUGAGUUCGAAACGGGAGGUGUGGAAAAUGUACAACCUCUGCUGGAGAAGAAGGUGAAAGAACUGGACAACACCGAACUGAACAUCGCCGUGACGGGAGACACGGGUGCAGGAAAAUCCACCUUCAUCAACGCCAUGAGAGGGCUUCGUAGCGAAGAUGAGGGAGCGGCUGCGGUUGGGACCACGGAAACUACAAUGGAGCCAACCGGAUACACACAUCCCACUCUGCCCAAUGUCCGCUACUGGGACCUGCCGGGGAUCGGAUCUACACGAUUCACUGCGAGUUCUUACCUGAAGGAAAUGCAAUUUAAAAAAUACGAUUUCUUCAUCAUAGUGUCAGCUGGUCGAUUCACAGAGAAUGAUGCAAAUCUUGCCAAGGAGAUUAAGCGGCUGGGGAAGGAGUUCUAUUUUGUCCGCUCUAAGAUUGACGCUGACCUUUAUUCAAUGCGGAAGGAACGGGGGGAAUUUGAUGAAGAUGCAGAAAUGGAAAAGAUCCGGAGUGCCUGUGUCAGUCAGUUGGGAAAGGCUGGGAUCCCUGAUCCCACCGUGUUCCUGAUAUCCAGUUUCAAGAAGAAUAUGUAUGAUUUCUCUCGGUUAAUGAAAACACUUGGAGAUGAUUUACCAAAUAUAAAGGAAUCUGUCUUUAUCCUGGCCCUUCCCAUCUUCAGUAACGAGAUUAUCCAUAAGAAAGGUGAGGUGUUGAAGGGACGUAUCUGGAUGUUGGCGAUCCUCGCAGGGGGAGCGGGAGGGAUCCCUAUCACGGGUCUCUCUAUCGCCUGCAACAUUGGGAUAUUGAUUGGAGCGAUAAUCUUUUUCCGUGAAUGCCUGUGUCUGGAUGAUGCUGCUCGCAGCAGAUUGGCCGAGAGAAAAGGCAAGUCCAUGGAAGAGUUGGAUGCGGCAGCACCAUCACCCCUGUUGGGAAAAAUAACUGUAGACGUAAUAAUAUGGCUGUGUAAAGCCUUUGUUGGUGUUUCAGCCUUUGCAGCCGUUGUUUGCUAUUUCCCAUUCGUCGGUUACCUUUUUGCAGCCGGGUCAACAUUUCUGGUGGCCUACAAGGUACUGAAUAAAGCGCUGACGCUUCUGAUGGAGAUCUCAGAGAAGGUGCACGAUUUUGCCAAAGGCGCCGCGUAGCCGCUCUGCACCAAUAUCCAUCCCGUCAGUUCACGUCGCGCUGGGCUUCACACUUUGAAAAAAGCUAACGCCCAAUCGUGCGCUAAUUCUACUCGAACUGAUUGCUGUUUGCUUGGAUGUAUCUGUAAAUCCGCCUUUUGCGAUAUCUUGCUAAAACUGUUGCUAAAUUUUGCUAAGUCUCCCAUUUGCUAAAUACAAUACCUUCCCCUCCCAUUCCCACACUGACCUUUCUGUCCUCGACCUCCUCUACUGCCAGAGUGAGGCCUCGUACAAAUUGGGGGAACAGCAUCUCAUAUUUUGCUUGGGAAGCUCACAAAUCCGCGGUACGAAUAUUAAUUAGUCCAAUUAAUAGACCCCUUGCUUUCCCUCUCCUCCCCCCUUCUGGUUUUCGGACUGGUUUCACUGUCCUCCCGAAUGAAUUUUACUGAUGGAAUGCCUCCUUGUCACCUUCCCCUCGGCUAACAAUGAUCCAUUCUACAUUUGCCUUUGAGCAGCAUCCCCUUUGAUCUCUCAUUUUCACACAUUACCCUUCCAUAUCUCUGUCUCCCUCUCCCUUAACUAUCAC